GCUGGCUUGGCUCGAGUCUUGGGCUUCACGUUCCUGGCAUUGCACAGCUUUCCGUUCCUGGCCGAGCAUGCGUCACCAAUGCCUAGGGUUCGACCUAGCUUUCAUGCCACUUCCACCCAGCCGUGGUGCGGCAGAACUGCGUAUCAUCGCCAACGCUAAACGAAUAGACGAACCCACCCAAGACCCCAACGACCUUUCUUCUCCCCUGCAACGCCACCCGCCACCCUUCCAGCAAUAUCACGCGCGCGCCUAAACACCAUCGCCCCAUCCGCUCUCGCUUUCCCAUUAAGCCCCCCUCCCCCGGCCGCGCAACCGCCACCGCACAACCUCCGCCCCCAUCAUGGCAGCGACCGAGGCGACCCCGACGGCGGACACCGGGAAGGCCAUAUCGGCCCUGCUCGAGUCCCGCCCCCCGGCAACCGACAACUUCACCUACCUCACCAUCGUCGAAAAGUUCCUCUGCCCCGAGGUGCUGCCCACGCUCAACGAGGUGCUCCAGGACGCCGCCCUCACCCAGGAGGUCGGCUGGGACCUCGUGCACAACCUCGUCCCCAUCCCGGGGAGCGAGCCGUGCCUCGAGACCAUCGCCCGCCUGGGCAACCCGCGCGAGGUCAUCGUCAAGUGCCUCGAGGUGCUCGAGGGCUACCCCGGAGACGCGGACCGCGACGGUGCCGAAGAGGAGGCGGCCGAACAUCCGGUCGAGGGGGAGGAGGAGCAGGAGGAGGAGGUAGUAGAGGAGGGGCAGCGCCGCAAGGACGAUGACGCCACCGUCAGCAGGUUCAUCCGCCUGUUGGGCAUGCUCGCCAUCCUGCACCGGCGCAUCAGGACAAAGUACCCGUCGCGUUUCCUGGCCUCGACCCUCGUCACGGUCCGGCGUGCCUACCGCCCGGGCCACCAGCUCAUGACGGCCGCGGCCGUCAACCUGGUGCAGUCGCUGUCGGGCCACCGCCGGCCGCCCCUGCCGAGCCGCAAGAGCAGCGUCAACGUUGCGAACCCCGACGCCGACGGCGACACCUCCAAGAACGCCCCCGACCCCGAGGCCGAGCAGGUCUGCGGGCCCGACGAGCUCGACAUCCAGGAGCGCCUCCUGCUGCCCUUUGUCCUGAGCGUCCUCGAGGCCUACGUCAACGCGCGCCCGCCCUCGUGGGCCGAGCGCCUGGUCGAGUCGUACGCGCCCCAGAGGAUUGUCCUGGGCAAGAGGUCGGCGCUGCAGGCCUUCAAGGAGGAGCAGGACCUGCUGGCCAGGGAUACCGUAGUCGGUCAGCUCGCGGCCCUAUGUCGAGACCUCGGUCUCGAGACCGACUCGCCAUCAUUCAUUUCGACCGUGUGCAAGGAGCCCAUCUACAGGCGAACACUGCCAGACGCAGAUGACCUGAAGGGUGCCCAAGACAUCAACCUCCCGACAGGAGGUGCCGUCUGCCUGCUCGCCUAUUCAUUAUUCUCGUCGACCGUCUUUGGCGCUAACGUCGCCAAGCCUGACAUCCGCGUCUUCCCCGACCAUUUCGCCCUGCUGCAGCGUUACAUCGAGCACGACGCCCACGCUCAAAUCCAAGCCACUCCAGUCACCAUCGAGGCCAUUGUCGCCGUGGGGCUGUGGCUGCAGCACAACGGCCGGAUAUUGCCAGAGGCACCCGCGCCGUCCGAUGGCGAGUCUACCACAUCCGCUUUCAUGCCCUACCACCACCUCCUCACCCUCUGCUCCGUGUACCACCCGUCGCUCGGCGUACGCAACGCAGCGUCGACGCUCGCGGGCCAGGUCCUCCACGCGGACCCGGAUGGCGAGGACCGGCUCCAUAUCCUGGAGGACCUACUCGAGAACUGCAUGUUUUCCAAUCUCAAGGCGUGCGCCGUGACCUGGCUUAGGGAGGAGCUCACGGCGGGGCUGGCGGCGGCGGCGGCGGCGGCGGCGACAGCCUCAAAAAGCAGCACCAGCAGGAGUCCAUUCGCGGGUCCCGAGGCCGUCGAGCAGCUGCAGUACCUCGUGUUCCCGGACAUGCAGUUCGCGCGCGAGAUGGACCGGGACAGCUUCGUCGAGUACUUCCUCCAGAACGCGCCCUUCAUCCUGCAGUCGGUCAACUUUGCCAUCCUGCUGUUCCGCUCCUCGGACGACCACUACGGCCGCCUCGCGCCCCCCGGCAUGCGCGCCGCCGUCGAGGAGCGGUACGUCCGGCCGCUGCUGGCGGCCGUGGCCUCGUUCGAGGAGGGCGGCAGCGGCGACGGAAAGGCGCCCGACGGCGAUGACCACGCGGCCGCGCACGUGGCCAUGGAGGUCAGCAUCUUGGGCGCGAGUCUGAGGAGGCUCACGGCGCCAUGAUGGGCUCGGCGCUGAUGGCGGCGUGGCGGUAUAUGCUUUUUUUUGUUCUUGUUUCGGCGUCACGGUCAUGACCGCCUUCUGUGAGGUCUCUCUGGAAGAUGACAGGGACCGGCUGGCGGUGCUUGGGUCAGCCCAAGGGCACCGCGGUCAUGGGAUAUUAAACUACCUCAGCGCAAAAGACUUACAGGCUCCUCGCUUCGAUGUCUAUAGGUGUCGGAGCUCACAAACUACAAGCUCCCUUCCUCUAGAACCCCUAUUUUUCCAUGUGUUUCCCAUGUGUUGGAUGCAUCGGGAUCGUAUGCAGCAUGCUCUUGUUGCUACUACCUGCCUACGUACCUACCGGGCAUCUAUCCACCUAGAUGCUCUCCCCAACCCCUUUCCCAUCAAAUCAGCAUCAGCAGCCAGCCCUGAGCUGCAGGUGGCACCAGGGUGGUCAGUGGUCCGGGGGCGGGGAGGAGAGCAACAAGUAUUCCUUCUUUGCAUCAAAUGCUUUCUGCUAUCGUGAAGGAGCCGUCGUCCUUGCGUUGGAGGUAGGCCCUGGAAUUUAUCCACGACUUGCAUCUUGGCCUGCUCCUCCGGGAUCAACCCACCGAUCCCAUUUCUGCUCCCCACGUGAUG